AUGUUUAACAAUUAUAAAUCGUAUGCGAAACUUAUGUUUACACAAACAACUCGACGUUUCUUUUCUAGCGGUGGCAUACAGGCCGUUGGGGCUAGGAUCAAAUCUGUUAAAUCAAUUCAGAAGAUAACAAAAGCCAUGAAAAUGGUUGCAGCUUCAAAGUUAAAAGCCGAUCAAAGGAGAUUAGACACGGGGAUAGUUUAUGCUAUGCCAUCACAAAAAAUUGUAAACUCAAUUGAGCCAGAGCAGACUAUAGCUGCAAAAACAGCUGUUGUUGUUAUCGCUUCUGACAAGGGUUUAUGUGGAGGAAUUAAUUCUUCCAUAAUCAAAGCAGUAAAGAAUCUCAUCAUCACUGAAGUAAAGGGAGACGCUUUAAUCUUCUGUAUAGGUAACAAGGUUAAAAAUACGAUGGAAAAGACUUAUGAUAAGAGCAUGUGCUCCACAUUCACAGAAGUGACUAAACCACGAUUUAACUUCACCACAUCGGCAAUUGUAGCAGAAAGGGUAUUAAAUGGAUGUUUCGACGCCAUAUACAUUGUAUACAAUCAUUUCAAAUCUGCAAUAUCAUUUGAAACAAAAAUCAUUAAAAUGCCAUCCAGUAAACACGCAUCACUGAAGAAGGGUUUCAGUGCAUUUGAAUGUGAACCUGAAGUAUCGGCACUUGCUACCAAUUUGUAUGAAUUUAACCUUGCCAAUACAAUUUACUCUUGUGCCUUAGAUGGAUUGGCCGCUGAACAAUCGGCCCGCAUGACAGCCAUGGACAAUGCUUCCUCAAAUGCUGGAGACAUGUUGUCAAAAUUGACGCUGAAAUAUAACAGGGCCAGGCAAUCCAAAAUUACUUUGGAGCUCAUAGAAAUUAUUUCUGGAGCUAAUGCAUUGUAG